UAGAAAGUUUUCCUACUAAAGAACACUUGCAACUUAUACUCCUUUUUAAGCUUCUACUAACCAUUCUCAUAUUAGGUGGUGUAUUAUCUACUUAAAAGUUAUAAGUAUAUAAUACUUGGGAGAGAAAAAAGCAUAAAAUCCAUAAUUAUGGAUAAUAUAGUGAACAAAGAAAAAAUUUUAAAUGAAUUAAGUCAGACCUUCAAAAGUGGAAAAACUAAAAGUUAUGAAUGGAGGAAAACCCAACUAAAAUCUCUCUUCAAAAUGGUUGAAGAACAAGAAAACAAGUGCUUUCAAGUUCUUUUUGAUGAUAUUGGAAAGGACAAAGUUGAAGCUUUUAAGGAUGAGGUUGGACCAGCGAAGAAAGCUAUCACUUAUGCUUUGGAUUGCUUGAAGAGCUGGAUGGCUCCCAAAAAGGCUGGAAUGAGAUUGCUACUUUUCCCAGCAAAAGGAGAAUUAAUACCAGAACCAUAUGGCCUGGUUCUUAUAAUGACAUCUUGGAAUUACCCUUUAGAUUUGGCUUUAGAACCAUUGAUAGGAGCAAUAGCUGCAGGAAAUGUAGUAGUUUUAAAGCCUUCAGAGCAUGCACCAGCUACUUCUUCCUUUCUUGCUAACACCCUUCCACAAUACUUGGACAACACCGCGGUUAAGGUCAUUGAAGGAGGCGCGGAGACUAGCCAACACCUCUUGCAGUACAAAUGGGACAAGAUAUUCUACACUGGGAGUCCGAAGAUUGGUCGAAUAGUGAUGUCUGAAGCUGCUAAACAUUUAACUCCUGUAACCUUAGAGCUAGGCGGAAAAUGUCCCAUGAUCUUUGAUUACAACUCAAUAUCCUCCAAUCUUAAGGUGGCUCUUCGAAGGCUAGCUUCUGCUAAAUGGGGCCCAGCUUGUGGACAAGCUUGUAUCGCGGUGGAUUAUUUGCUCGUGGAGGAUAAGUUUGCGUCCUCAUUGAUCGACAUGCUAUCGAAACUAAUAAGAAGAAUUUAUGGGGAGAACAUAGAGACCUUAGGAGGCAUUAGCAGGAUUGUUAAUAAGCAUCACUUUAACAGACUUUGUAGUUUCCUCAAGGAUCCAAUGGUGGGAGCUUCAAUUGUGCAUGGAGGCUCAUAUGAUGAAGAUAAAUUGCUUAUUGAACCAACAAUCUUGCUAGAUCCUCCACUUGAUUCUGCAGUCAUGAACGAGGAAAUUUUUGGCCCGAUUUUGCCUAUUAUAACUUUAAAGAACAUCCAAGAGAGUAUUAACUUCAUCAAUAUGAAGACAAAGCCUCUUGUUAUAUAUGCAUUUACACACAAUGAUGCUUUCAAAAAGAGAAUCAUCUCAGAAACAUCCUCUGGAACUGUAGCUUUCAAUGAUGUUAUGAUUCAGUAUGUUUGUGAUGAACUACCUUUCGGAGGAGUAGGGGAGAGUGGGAUAGGGAGAUAUCAUGGCAAGUUUUCAUUCGAGACAUUUAGUCAUGAGAAAGCUGUGCUGCAUAGAGGCUUCUUUCCUGAUUUAUCCGCAAGGUAUCCUCCAUACAACGCAUUCAAGCUCGAGUUUUGUAGGCUCGGGUACAAAGUUGACUACAUCAACCUCGUGCUGCUCUUGCUUGGUCUCAGAAGGGUAUCAGAUCGAAACGAUUGCUGAUAAAAGUUGGGAACAGUUGCCAAUUCCAUCAUUUGAGUUAGUAUGUGCUUGUUAUAUGUUAAACAGGUUAAACAAAGAUGCAAGAACACGUUGUAUCAGUAAGAAACUUCAAUAAACAAUACAAUGCAAUUUUCAUAUUCUAAAGCAAAUGAAAUGUGUUUGAUUUGUCAUAAACCAUUGUCAAAUUCCUGGGAAGAGGUGUUCUUUCAGAUAGACCAAUAUUAAGCUACAAGGUUAGAAAAUGAUGAGUGCCCUUUCUUAGUUAAAUUAUUGUAGGUAAUUUUUGUAGAAAAAUAAGGAAAAAGUUGGAUUAA